AGCCGUGCCAAAAUGUCCCUGACGGGGGCGGGGGGAGGCAAAACCCCCCCAGGACAGAGCUUGGCUUUGCGUCUCCUCACCCUCCCUGCUGGGGGAGGGGGUCCCGGGGGUCGCCCCCCACCACCUGAACCCCCCCAAAACCCACCCGAACCCCCCCAAAAUCCCCCCGAACCCCCCAAAAUCCAUCGAGCUCGCAAAACCAUGGCCAAGCCCAGUAACGGACAGGUCCCCGAAAAGCCGCGGAUGUCGGAGAUGCUGCACUUCAGGGUGUCCGAGGAGCUCUGCGGGAUGGGGCAGCACGACCCCCCCAAACGCCCCAAGUUGGAUUUUGGGUCCGAGGGGCUCCACAAGAGACUGCAGAGAGGCAGCCCCCGCGCCAGCACCGAGAUCACGGUGACGGAGGAAAUGGCCGCCCCCCCCCGGGACUGGGACUCGGAAGGGGGAGGGGGAUUCUCCCUGUUCUACGAUGGGUUCAGUGUGGAUGGACACGGGGACUCGGACAGCAAGUCGGAGGGGGAGGGGCCGGGAGAGGCCCUGAGCGAGGAGGAGGAGGAGGAGGAGGAGGAAGAGGAGGAGGACGAGGAGGAGGAGGAAGAGGAGGAAGAGGAGGAGGAGGAGGACGAAGAGUCCGGGAACGCCUCGGAUCGGAGCGCAUCCAGCUCCCGACGCCGCGCCCGGCGCCGCUGGAAGGAAAGUCCAUGGCUCAAACCUGCCCGGAAGAGGAAGAGGAAGGAGCCCCGGGCCAAGGACAGAGGUGAGGGCAGGGCACCCCGAAAUUUGGGGACAGGAUCCCCCAAAAACUGGGGUCAGAAACCCCCAAAAACUGGGAUCACGGUGACGGAGGAAAUGGCCGCCCCCCCCCGGGACUGGGACUCGGAAGGGGGAGGGGGAUUCUCCCUGUUCUACGAUGGGUUCAGUGUGGAUGGACACGGGGACUCGGACAGCAAGUCGGAGGGGGAGGGGCCGGGAGAGGCCCUGAGCGAGGAGGAGGAGGAGGAGGAGGAGGAAGAGGAGGAGGACGAGGAGGAGGAGGAAGAGGAGGAAGAGGAGGAGGAGGAGGACGAAGAGUCCGGGAACGCCUCGGAUCGGAGCGCAUCCAGCUCCCGACGCCGCGCCCGGCGCCGCUGGAAGGAAAGUCCAUGGCUCAAACCUGCCCGGAAGAGGAAGAGGAAGGAGCCCCGGGCCAAGGACAGAGGACCCCCCGGCCCCUCCCCCAGCGAAUACACGGAGGUGCCCCUGGGCUGCCUGCAGCUGCCAGGGGGAGGGGCCCUGAGCCCCCAGCCCCCAGGCCCACCUGAGGCCGAGCGUUUCGAGGAGCUCCCGCUGUGCUCGUGUCGAAUGGAGGCACCGAAGGUGGAGAGGGGCAGCGACCGCGGGCUGUGCAUGGCCACGGAGAGCGUGGAUGGACAGCUGAGCGGGUGUGGCAGCAGCAUCCUCAAACGUGAGACCAUGCGUCCCUCGAGCCGCGUGCCCCUGAUGGUUCUGUGCGAGAGCCACCGAGCCCGGAUGGUCAAGCACCAGUGCUGUCCUGGCUGCGGUCACUUCUGCACCGCCGGGACGUUCCUGGAGUGCCACCCCGACGUGCGCAUCGGGCACCGUUUCCACCGCUCCUGCGUCUCCCGUCUCGGGGGUCUCAUCUUCUGUCCCCACUGCGGCGAGGACGCGUCCGAGGCCCAGGAGGUGACGCUGCCCCGCUCCGAGGGGACCCCGGUGCCGCCCGCGCCCCCGAACCCCGCCCGGGCGCGGCCGGGGAGGCACGAGGUGCACACGCCCAGCGCCCGCAUGCGGGGGCAGGGCGAGGGCCGCGCCCCUCCCCCCGACCCCCGGGCCGAGCCCAUCGACAGCUCCGGGGGUCCCGUUCUGGCCCUGCCCUCGGGGGGCGCCCUCAGCGCCCGGGGGCUGCCCCCGGGACCCGCCCGGGACCUCCUGGAGAAGGCUCUGCUGGGCCAGGAGGCCGAAAGGAGGAAGAAGCUUCGUUUCCACCCCCGGCAGCUUUACCUGAGCGUCAAGCAGGGGGAGCUGGGCAGGGUCAUCCUCAUGCUGCUGGACAACCUGGACCCGAAUUUCCAGAGCGACGCCCAGAGCAAGCGCUCGGCUCUGCACGCGGCGGCCCAGAAAGGCCACCUGGAGAUCUGUCACCUGCUGCUGCAGGCCGGAGCCAACAUCAACGCUGUGGACAAGCAGCGCCGGACGCCGCUGAUGGAGGCCGUGGCCCACGACCAGCUGGAGGCCGCGCGUUACCUGCUCAGGAGGGGCGGCUGCGUCUACAGCAAGGAAGAGGACGGCUCCACCUGCCUGCACCACGCGGCCAAGAACGGGAACCUGGAGAUGGUGGAGCUGCUGCUGAGCACGGGGCAGGUGGACGUCAACGCCCAGGACAGCGGGGGCUGGACCCCGAUCAUUUGGGCGGCCGAGCACAAACACAUCGAGGUGAUCCGGCGGCUGCUGACCCGCGGGGCCGACGUCACCCUGACCGACAACGAGGAGAACAUCUGCCUGCACUGGGCGUCGUUCACGGGCAGCGCCGAGAUCGCCGAGGUGCUGCUGAACGCGCAGUGCGACCUGCACGCCGUCAACUUCCACGGGGACACGCCCCUGCACAUCGCGGCCCGCGAGAGCUACCACGACUGCGUCAGCCUGUUCCUGUCCCGAGGGGCCGAUCCCGACGUCCGGAACAAGGAGGGCGAUUCCCCCCUGGACCUGACCCCGGAGCGUUCCGAGGUCUGGGUGGCUCUGCAGCUCAACAGGAAAUUGAGGCUGGGGGCUGCGGGGAGGGCCCUGCACACCGAGCGCAUCGUCAGCAGGGACGUCGCGCGCGGCCACGAGAACGUUCCCAUCCCGUGCGUGAACGGCGUGGACGAGGAGCCGUGCCCCGAGGAUUACAAAUACAUCGCUGAGAACUGCGAGACGUCCACCAUGAACAUCGACCACAACAUCACCCACCUGCAGCACUGCACCUGUCAGGACGAUUGCUCCUCCUCCAACUGCCUCUGUGGGCAGCUCAGCAUCCGCUGCUGGUACGACAAGGACGGCAGGCUGCUGCAGGAGUUCAAUAAAAUCGAGCCCCCCCUGAUCUUCGAGUGCAACCAGGCCUGCACCUGCUGGAGGAGCUGCAAGAACCGCGUGGUGCAGAGCGGCAUCAAGUGA